AUGGGAGACCUUUUUUCUUUAUUUUGGGAGGUAGAUCCUCCUCCCAUACCUUUAAGUUUUUCCAUUCCAAAUCAGGAUCAUGAAUGCCAGAAGGAUGACUCUUGUGGGACAAUAGGGAGCUUCCUGCUUUGGUAUUUUGUCAUUAUAAUGGUUUUGAUGAUCUUCUCUCGGUUUUCUGUCUGGAUGUCUGAGAAUAAAAAGGAUGAAGAUAGUGGAACAAGUGCUUCACUAAGUAAAGCAAGCAAAGAAUCUUCCUAUAAGAGGCAAAAUAAAGAUGAUUUCUGGGAUUCUUCACAAAUGAUGAAGAAAUCAAAGCAGAGCCAACUUUCCCCUGUAACUGACUCAGAAGUGGCCUUGGUAAGUGCCUAUCUUGAACAAAGAAGAGCCAAGCGCCAUGCUCAGUUCCACCAAGUGAAUCAGAUCCAACAUGACAGUGAUACUACUGAAUGUGACAGUGAAGAAUCUUAUUCAGGGGCCUCCUCGUGGAAGGAGAGUGAAAGUGAACACCACCCUUCACCAGCCAGUAUUAAAAGAAGAAAAACAGCUCAGAGGCCAAGGAAUCUGGGAAGUUACCAAAUAAGGGAAAAGCCCUGCCUUCACUGCAAAGCCAUGAGAACCAAUGAAUGGUUGACACGUCAUUUCCUACAAAACAACUCAGUAUCAGCCCCCAUGAAGGGAAAUGCUCAAGAGGAAAAUUCUAUGCCUGACAUUAAUACAAAAUUCAGUAAAUUUUGAAUAUUGUCAUUCUUUCUUUACUUGAAGCCCAAUGAAAGAGAUUAAUAAAACAUGAAAAAUCAUCAGAGUCCUAGGUGAGGCGACUUUUGCAAUAAAGCCUUUCUAACAGCAACAAACAAAAACAUACUUGGAACUCAGGAGAUAAAAUUUGACACAUUUCUUUAUUUACCAAAAAGCCAGAAAAUUUAUUUAUGGCAUCAUUUGGAACACUGAAGAUCUGUAUCCAUUAUGGUUGUUUUUUCAC